AUGAACUCUCUCCAAGAAGCAAGCAGGAUAUAUAAAACCUUUAAGAAAGGUGGUCCUAGUUUCGGAGCAUGGCAGAUGCUCCCGGGGACAAAUCACUCCCGAGCCAUUGCGCGUUCAGGAGUUGAUUGGAUAUGUGUUGAUGGCGAGCAUGGGAACAUCGACGAUGGCCAAAUGCAUGAAGCUGUAGCUGCAAUUGCAGCCACAGGUGUCAGCCCGAUCGUAAGAAUUGCAGCAAAUGAAGCCUGGAUGGUGAAGCGAGCUCUUGAUGCAGGCGCCCAUGGCAUCGUCGUCCCGCUAAUCUACACUGUCGACGACGCAAAACAGCUCGUCGCCUCCGCCAAAUUCCCACCCUUUGGCCGCCGGGGCUUCGGCUCCCCCUUCUCCCCCCAAACCUUCUCCAACGAGCCCCUUGCCUAUUACCUCCAAAACGCCAACUCCUCACUUCAAACCAUCGUCCAAAUAGAGACUGCCUCAGCUCUAAAAGCCGUCCGAGAAAUCGCCGCCAUUCCCGGCGUUGACUGUCUUCUCAUCGGCCCCUUCGACUUGGGAAAUAACAUCGGCCAUCCUAUUCUCGAAGAUGGUAUGCAUGAAGAGUUGGUGAAAGCGAUCGAUAGUAUUAAAGUGGCGGCACACGCGGAAGGGAAGAAAGUCGGGAUAUAUUGCACAAGUGGGGAACAGGCGAGAGAGUAUGCGGAGAAGGGGUAUGAUAUGAUCAGUAUUGCUGCGGAUAUGAUUGCGAUUCCGCAAUAUUUCAGUCAGACGCUGGCGGUGGCGAGUGGCAAGGAAGGGGUUGGAGUGAAGAAGGGUGGUGGGUAUGAUGGGAGGUAG